GCACCGAGCACCGGGGACCUGACGGGGCCGGCCGAGGGGCGGCGGCGGCGACUGGACAGCGCCGCGAUCUCCGUCGGGAAGCGCAACCUUCCCGGGCCCCGCGGGGCCGCGCCGGGGACAUCCUCAACCCCGCGCCCGCUCGGUCAUUCCAUCCCCUGCCGCCCGCCGGCCACCCCGGGGCCCGGUCGUCCGCGCGCGCGCCUCCGGGCUCGGGCCCGUCCCCUACCCUCGAGGGAGCCACCGCCUUCACCGCCGCCUUUGCAGCGGCCGCGCCAGAGGCCGCCCGGGCGGGGCCCCGGCGUAAGCAUCGGGCGCCCCCCCAGGAGUGCGCGACCCCCGGAGCCGACCUCAACACGGACCGCGCCCGCCGGGCACACAAGAAUGGUCACUCAGAUACUCGGGGCUAUGGAGUCUCAAGUGGCGGGGGGCCCGGCCGGCCCGGCCCUGCCCAAUGGGCCACUCCUGGGUACAAAUGGAGCCACUGACGACAGCAAGACCAACCUCAUCGUCAACUACCUGCCGCAGAACAUGACCCAGGACGAAUUCAAGAGUCUCUUCGGCAGCAUCGGCGACAUCGAGUCCUGCAAGCUGGUGCGGGACAAGAUCACAGGGCAGAGCCUGGGCUACGGGUUUGUGAACUACUCGGACCCCAACGACGCAGACAAAGCCAUCGGCACCCUCAACGGCCUCAAGCUGCAAACUAAGACCAUCAAGGUGUCCUAUGCCAGGCCCAGCUCGGCCUCCAUCCGCGACGCCAACCUGUACGUCAGCGGGCUCCCCAAGACCAUGAGCCAGAAGGAGAUGGAGCAGCUCUUCUCCCAGUACGGACGGAUCAUCACGUCCCGUAUCCUGGUGGACCAAGUGACAGGUGUGUCCCGGGGUGUGGGGUUCAUCCGCUUCGACAAGAGGAUCGAGGCCGAGGAGGCCAUCAAAGGACUGAACGGGCAGAAGCCCCUGGGCGCGGCCGAGCCCAUCACGGUCAAGUUCGCCAACAACCCCAGUCAGAAGACGGGGCAGGCCCUGCUCACCCACCUCUACCAGUCGUCCGCCCGGCGCUACGCGGGGCCCUUGCACCACCAGACCCAGCGCUUCCGGCUGGACAACCUGCUCAACAUGGCCUACGGCGUUAAGAGUCCCCUGUCGCUCAUCGCCAGGUUCUCCCCCAUCGCCAUCGACGGCAUGAGCGGCCUGGCGGGCGUGGGCCUGGCGGGGGGCGCGGCGGGCGCCGGCUGGUGCAUCUUCGUGUACAACCUGUCCCCCGAGGCCGACGAGAGCGUGCUGUGGCAGCUGUUCGGGCCCUUCGGGGCGGUCACCAACGUCAAGGUCAUCCGCGACUUCACCACCAACAAGUGCAAGGGCUUCGGCUUCGUCACCAUGACCAACUACGACGAGGCGGCCAUGGCCAUCGCCAGCCUCAACGGCUACCGCCUGGGCGAGCGCGUCCUGCAGGUGUCCUUCAAAACCAGCAAACAGCACAAGGCCUGAGCCGCCCGUCCCCACCCUCCCGGGCAGCAGAGAGAGGGAGAGAGGGGGCCCGGGACAGCGCAGGCAGAUCUACCCGCAGACGGACCCGCACGGUGAGCUUGUGGGCUUGGGACGGUCUGCAGGGAACGGGGGUGCCUGGGGGACCCCCCGCCCCGUCCUCCCGCACCCCCCCACCCACCCCAGCCGGGCCCUUCACUCUC